CAAUCGGAUCGCGCUUUGUUGGUGAGCGGCCGUACAGCGGAAGUGCAGGAGUGAAAGUGCAGUCUCACCGCCAGUCCAUCCAGCCAUGAGUUCUAUCGGUACCGGGUAUGACUUAUCAGCCUCCACGUUUUCACCAGAUGGCAGAGUCUUUCAAGUUGAGUACGCAGGUAAAGCUGUGGAGAACAGUAGCACUGCCCUCGGCAUCCGAUGUAAGGAUGGGGUUGUGUUUGGUGUUGAGAAACUAGUCCUGUCUAAACUCUAUGAAGAAGGCUCUAACAAGCGAAUUUUCAAUGUUGAUCGCCAUGUUGGUAUGGCUGUAGCUGGUCUCCUGGCAGAUGCCCGCUCCUUGGCUGACAUAGCUAGAGAGGAAGCUUCCAACUUCAGAUCUAACUAUGGAUAUGAAAUUCCUCUCAAGCACCUAUCAGACAGAGUGGCCAUGUAUGUGCAUGCGUACACAUUAUACAGUGCCGUCAGACCGUUUGGCUGCAGUUUCAUGCUAGGAUCUUAUAACGAGGAUGAUGGCCCACAGUUGUAUAUGGUUGACCCGUCAGGUAUAUCUUAUGGUUAUUGGGGGUGCUCAAUUGGAAAAGCCAAGCAAGCGGCAAAGACAGAGAUUGAAAAGCUCCAGUUGAAAGACAUGACCUGUCGGGAAGCAGUCAAAGAGGUAGCGAAAAUAAUAUAUAUCGUCCAUGAUGAAGUCAAGGAUAAAUCGUUUGAGCUUGAACUAAGCUGGGUAGGAGAAAUAACAAAAGGAAAGCAUGAAGUUGUUCCAAAAGAUCUAAGAGAAGAGGCAGAAAAAUAUGCAAAGGAAUCUUUAGAAGAAGAGGAUGAUUCAGAUGAUGACAAUAUGUAACAGCGUCAUUGAUACACUAAGAAUACAGUUUAUUUUUGUUUUGUUUUUUUUAAUGUGUACAUGUACUGGACUCCAGACAAAAAACGUAGGAUGCUAACAGUAAAACG